CCCUCCGUCCACGGCUCCGUCCUCGGCGCGCCUCUGCCUCUUUCUCCCUCUUGGCCGGGCUGCUGCCUCGAAAGUGGAGCCUCUCAGCUUGGAGGCGGCGGGCGCUGCUGCUGCUGCUGCUGCCGCUCCGUCGGCGGCGGAGGGCAUGGCGGUGUCUUCCCCGCCGCCUCCCGCGGGCGGAGGCGCCUCCUCGUCCUCCUCGUCGUCGUCCUCCUCGUCGUCCUCGUCGUCCUGCUCCCAGGCCAGCCUGCCGCUCUGCUCCUCCUCCUCGGGCGCCCUGUUCCGCGCCGACCCGGCGGCGCUCUUCCCCGGGGCGGGCGCGGGGUCCGCGGGGGCGUCGGCGGAGUGCCGGAUGGUGGAGCUGCACGGGGUGCAGGUGGCCUCCUUCGUCUCGGCCGAGGGCCAGGAGCUCAUCUGCCUCCCGCAGGUCUUCGAGCUCUUCCUCAAGCACCUCGUCGGCGGGCUCCACACCGUCUACACCAAGCUCAAGCGCCUCGACAUCGCGCCCGUGGUCUGCAGCGUCGAGCAGGUGCGCGUCCUCCGCGGCCUCGGCGCCAUCCAGCCCGGCGUCAACCGCUGCAAGCUCAUCACCCGCAGGGACUUCGAGGUCCUCUACGGAGACUGCACCAACGCCAGUUCAAGACCGGGGAGACCUCCCAAGCGCUCUCUGGGGGUUGCGAUACAAGAGAACACGCGCCUCCUGCCCCACGGAGUGCCGGGCCUCUUAUCGCCAGGACUUAUCUCCCCAACAGAUAUAAGAACUUUGUUUUUCCCCGAUGAAAACCACAAAAAGUUUGCAGAGCUCAAGACUCUUCAAAUGCAAGGUCUAACAGCAGCUGCGAUGGCAGAAGCGAUGAAGUUACAGAAGAUGAAGCUCAUGGCCAUGAACAGUCUCCACGGAAGUGGGAGCCAGAACGGGACAGAGUCAGAGAAUGAAGAGCUAAAUUCAAAUGCAGGUGGAAGCGAAUCCUCCUGGGAUAAAGAGAAACUCCAGUCUCCUAUUACGACAGGAUCGCAUCACGGAGUUAGCCAUGCCGCGUUGUCGAGCCAGUCCAACUUGGGAAGCGCCCACCCUCUCAGCCCUUUGCAGCAAAGCCACCUCCUCACAAAUAGGAUAGACCUGCCAUUCAUGAUGGUGCCCCACCCGCUCCUUCCCGUUGGCCUACCGCCGGCUUCUGUGGCCAUGGCGAUGAAUCAAAUGAACCAUCUCAACACCAUCGCCAACAUGGCUGCUGCCGCUCAGAUGCACAGCCCUCUGUCGAGAGGAGGAGCCUCCGUCAUAAAGGAGAGGAUUCAAGACAGCCCUUCGCCCGUUCCAUCCGUGGAAGAGAGUCAGCGGCCUGGGAGCCACCCCUCUUCCCAUCAGAGCAGCAGCGUUUCCAGUUCCCCUUCCCAGCUUGACAACACACCAGACAGAAUUGGUAUAUUAUCAAAUAUUAGAGAAGGAGAACCUAUGCACCCAGAGGCUGGUCUCAAUCUCAAAAAACUCCCAAAGGAAAAAGAGGAAGUCCAAAUCGCCAUCCCGAUAAUGAAGCCAACUCUAGAAAAGGUCCAAUUGGCUGGGCAGACCUUGCCCCCUGGCUUCCCUGCGCCAUUUCUCUUUGCUGAUGGGCUGUCAUCCGUAGAAACUCUUUUAACCAAUAUACAGGGCUUGCUGAAAGUUGCUGUCGAUAAUGCCCGGGUUCAAGAAAAGCAGAUCCAGCAGGAGAAGAAGGAGCUGAAGAUGGAGCUGUGCAGGGAGAGAGAGCUGCGGGAGACUCUGGAGAGGCAACUCACCGCCGAACUGCAAAGCAGAGCAACAAUUCAAAAGCGCUUGAAGAAAGAGAAAAAAGCAAAGAGGAAAUUGCAAGAAGCUCUCGAGUUUGAAUCAAAGAGGAGAGAACAAGUGGAGCAGGCGCUUAAACAAGCAACGUCAGGAGAUGGUCUCCGGAUGCUGAAUGAUGCUGGGAUUCCAGACAUGGAAGUCGAACAUAAUGGAACCCAACAUGACAGUGCGGCGAUGCAAGAAAACAGAGCCUAUAUCAAACCGACCAUUAUGUUCUGAAAACAUCAAGCGGGAGUGGGAGGAGAUCGUGAUCACCUUUGGAAGACCCAACAACUCAAGGGAGGAAGCCCUGCUCAUCUUCGAUACCCUCCGUGCUGUGUGAAGAUUGGGAUUUGAAGCAAGGAGAUGGGGCAGUGCCGUGCAGUUUACUUAUCAUUGAUGCAUUGGAAAAUGAUGGAAAGCCACUUACCCACCUUCUGUCCCAAACCGACCCAGUUGCAGCGCAUCAUUGUAGGUCUUAGAGAAAUGGCAGGGGAGCAAGAAAGAAAGAGAGAGUUUUAGCAUUUUAAGCACAUAGUUGAACGAUUCCUCAAAAGAACUAACUCCCCAACCCCCACCCCAAAGCUGUAACAUAUGGCACAAUGAAUUUAAUACGUUCUCACUGGCUGUAUGUCCUACAAGUCCAGUUUUAUCACCGAAACAGUUCCAACACUGAGCUGUUUCAACUGUUUAUAUAAAUUUUAAGCUUUGUUUACUGAAGCUGAAACUCAAUAUAUAUUACGUUUUGAAGAGGAAAAAAAAGUAUGUACAUUUUUUAAUAUGAUAAUGAUGUAAAAAAAAAUGUCCUUCCUUAGACGACCAGUUGGAGAGUGUAAACUUAAAAGGGCCCCCCAAUAGCUCAAAAUAAUAAUGGAUGCUUUUUUUAAAAAACCAAACCCUCUGAGUUCUGCUUGGCUUUUGAUCUUUUAAGAAUGAAGCAGGGGAAGGAUGAAUAUAUGGUAGGAUGUUAUUAGAUAAUGGAAACUUUCAAGUAUAGUUUCUCUGUUGUACCAUAUUAAGUUAAAAGUACACUUUCUUUGUUAAAAUGUUCUUGCUAAAAACUACAGUAUUAAAAACAUUUUUUUGUUUGA